GGCCGUUGCGAGCCCCAUCCUGUCCGACGGGAACACGGAUGAGCUGACAGACACACGGACGGACGGACGGACGGAGCUGUUUUCAUGCUGCCGAGGCUUUCAGCUCAGAUUGAGGAAACCGAGCCGAAUUACAACAUCAGGAAGAUGCGGCGAUGCGGCUGAGCUCUGCACGGCGGCGCUGGAUCCACUAACCGGGCGCGGCCUCCUUCCAUUUACCCGCUCGCAGCAGAUGCCCCGCCCCCUCCGGCUGUGACACCGGCGUCUUCGCACCCAGAGCCUCCUGAGCGCCGAGCGGUGGGCGGAGCCAGCCCUGCCCCGGGGGGCGUGGCCGGCGAUGGAGAGCCGGAGCAGCAGCGUGGACUCGCGGCUGAGCGGCAGGGGGGCGGGGUCGAUCAGCACCACGCCCCUCUCCGCCCGGGUGGAGUCGUACGAGGCCGCCGAGAAGAAGUGCAUCUCGGACGUGCGCAGGACCUUCUGCCUCUUCGUGACCUUUGACCUCCUCUUCAUCACUCUGCUCUGGAUCAUAGAGCUCAAUGUGAACGGCGGCAUCGAGAAGCAGCUGGACAAGGAGGUGCUGCACUACGACUACCACGCCUCCUUCUUCGACAUAUUCCUGCUGGCGGUGUUCAGGUUUGCCGCUCUCAUCCUGGCCUACGCCGUCUGUAAGCUCCGUCACUGGUGGGCCAUCGCAAUCACCACAGCCGUCAGCAGCGCCUUCCUCAUCGUAAAAGUCAUUUUAUCAAAGCUCCUGUCCCAGGGGGCCUUCGGGUACCUGCUGCCCAUCAUCUCCUUCGUGCUGGCCUGGAUAGAAACCUGGCUGCUGGACUUCAAGGUCCUGCCUCAGGAGGCCGAGGACGACAGCAGAUAUCAGUCGAUCAUGGACGCCACACAGCGCGCGCCUCUCCUGCACCCCGGCCCGCUGUCCGACGGCCAGUUCUACUCUCCACCGGAGUCUGUGGCAGACUCGGAUGAGGAGCUCGACGACAAACACGAUCCAGAAAAGGGGCUCAUUUAGCAGGAUCUCCAGUGACAAGACGUUGACGUUUCUCUCCCCGGUGUGUUCAUGAAGGAAAAACCUGCCUUACGUAUUCUGCCGUCUCAUCCUUUACUCCUGUUUUCUCUGUUUUCACGUCGGUGCGAACUCAUCAUCAGGGGGUUAAAAUCAUUAAUCAACAAAUAGUUCCUGUCAUUAUCGGCCCUUAACUCAUAUUCCUCCACUUCAUCAUCUCGCAUGUUUAAGUAUUCAUAAGAGAUUUUAGGGACGCCGUUAUUUUCUGCCUCUCUCUGGUGUUCGAAGGCGUUUUAACCCGCGCUCUCUGCCACCUUCAGUGUCAUGUUUACUUUUUUUUUUAAAGAUUUUUCGCUCACUUUCACACGCUUGUGAUUGAAGUAGCCGUGGCGAGGAAGAAAAAUGAGCGCGCUCUUUGGCUUUUGUGGACAAAGGGAAACUGGUAGGAAGGAUAUCGGCCAGUAUUAGAGAUGGAUCGUCUUUGUCGCAGAGGGGCGGAGGGAUCUUAUACAGUAAAGCGGCUCUCGGGUGGCUGCACGCUCAGGGCUCCUACACAGGUCUGGAAAACGGAUUUGGACGAGGUUGAGGUCUUAAAACGUGUAGAAAGCGACAAAAACUGUGAUGCAAACUUGAAAACUGUUGUAUCGUGUGAUACCCAGCGAAAGAAAUGAGCCGUAAAAAAAAAAAGGGCGUAAACCGAGGCUUGGAGACGUCUUGAGGUUUCAAACGGACAGUGUGUAGGAGCCCUGCGCUGUGUGUGUGUGUGAGUGUGUGUGUGUGUGUGUGUGUUGAAGCUAAAACUGCUUUGAAAUGCUGCUUGAUGACAAAUUAAUUUAGUUGGACCUUCAGAUGAUUUAAAAAAACAAACAAAAAAAAACAAAAAAGGAAAAAACCCUGUGUACAGUAUCUUAAUGCAUGCCUUGCGAGCUCGACGAUUUUGUGUUUUUAUGAUAAGCUUGCCUGUAAAAUAGAAUCAUUAAAAUGUUAAAUCUGA